CGUCUGACUCCAGAUCAGAAGGUUGCGUGUUCAAAUCACGUCGGGGUCAAUUACAAAUAAUUUUUUUAUUUUUUCGUAAAAAAUUCUUUUUUGUGUUUAAUAAUAAUAUAUAACACAUUUCAAUUAAAACUUGAUACAAUAUCAUAUAAUAUAUUACAAUUACGUAAGCUAAUUCUAUUUGUGACUCUGUUCUGUUUACUCAAUAUCGGAAGUACAAUGAGAACACUACCUUUCUCAUUCUUACAAUUGAACAUAUGACAAGUUUUACGAAAGGAGAAGAAAUGGGUAAAGAAAAUGAUACUGAUAAUGCAAAAAAGCGAAGAAAAUCAGUUAGUGGAAAUUCUAAUAUAUCUGUGAAGGAUGGUGACACGUACAAGGUUAUUAUUAGUUAUGAGGAAAAAGAAGCUAUGGACCGUUCACCCGAGAGUGACUCUGAGAAUUUUUUAUCAACGUGCGAAAAUAUACGCAAAGCUAUGAAUAAAAUUGCAAAGUUGAAAGCUAGUGGAGAUGCAAAUGCCAAAGAUGAAAUACAUGAGUUACAAAUUCAGACAUCAUUAGCAUUCAUUGAACUGAAGAAACUGAAUAGAAUGGAAAAGUUCCGCACAAAAUUUGCUAGAGAUUCUCUUAUAGCUUCAAAAAGUAGUGUUGAUAGUAAGCACCUGCAUCUGCAGAAUUUAUUGUACGAAGUAAUGCACUUAAAGAAGGAAGUCGUUAAAUGCCUUCAAUUCAAGUCUAAGGAUGAGCUGAUACAACUUGUAUCGGAAGAAGAAUUUUACAAGGAAGCACCUGAAACUAUUUCCAGACCGGAACUAACGAAGGAUAGUCCACAUCAAUUGAGAUUAGCUCGUUUGGAAUGGGAAUUGACACAAAGGAAGCAACUAGCUGCUUUAUGCGAUGAAUUAACAGAUAACAAAAAGGCAGUAGCAUCCAGUAUUGAAUCUAAACAAACUCGACUUGAUAAUCUUGCACCACAGUUGAAGUUAAUACUCGAAGCAAGUAAACCAUUACAAGAGAGUCUCGGUUUACCCUUAGAUAAAAUUAGACAAGAACAUUACAAGGCAACUUUGCUUGCAUCACCACUUUAUGUUCUAUAUGCAAAAGCUUCUGCGUAUAGAGAUGCAUAUGAUAACUCGAUCUUAGUUAAGGUAGAAGGCGAUGAAGAAGAAGCAAAGCGUAUUAAUAAUCAGGAAGGUUUACAAGAAUCUGAUUCAGAUUCCGAAAACAUAUCAGAAAAUAUUAUAGAAGAAACUCCGGUACACAAGAAGAGACAUCACAGGCUAUCUAGAGAAGCUAGGCAAGAAGAAAAGAAAACUAAACUAUUACAGAGGCAUCCCUUGAACGUUAAGAUAGUUAUUAAAUUAAAAAAUGAGACAAAACUGACGUUACAGUUUUUUUAUAUGAUACAUUUUAAAGUCAUAACUGUGGAAUCGAAAUUAAGAACUGAAGGUGCUGGUAGCACUAGUACGGGGGAUAUGCUUGUAUCGGAAUCAAUUUUACGUGAAUUGUAUCCACGAGAUAUAGGAUUAGAAAGUCCGAACCCUGCUAAUUGUUAUCAAUUAAGUCGGCAUAAUUUAGGUCAAUUUUCGUCACUGGGAUUGGGAUUACCAUAUAAAUGGGCACAAAGAAUGGCUGGAUUACAUUUCAUUUCACCCGAUGCUCGUGAACAAAAGCUUACAAGUUCUAAAGCAACACAAGAUAGUGUUGAGAACGUGUUAAGAGAAAUUAAAAGACGGGUUAUAGCAAGAUUGGAUUUGUGUACAGAGAUACGGCAAUUAGAAUCCGGGAACUUACCGAAUUUUACUAACAGUAAUGAUCCUCUGCCACAAAAACUAAGUACGAUAUUACAAAAAUUCUCCACAAUUUCAUGGAGUAGUUACUGUAAUUCUAUAAAUCCUACUUUUCAAGAAGAAGGAUUGGUGUCUUCAUUAGACAUCUUCUAUGAAGCUGUACUUCGUCGUGGAAACAAUGAAUUAAUCGCAAGAAUCGCUAUAAAACCAGAUUAUCCGAAAGUAGCACCAGUAUUCAAUAUUAGCAUAAAUUCUUCAACACCUGUAGCUAAAGAUAUUUUAAGAGAUAUUGAAAGAGAAGUGAAUGUCACAUGGGUAAAACCACCGACAUUGUCCGCGCAACUUCAAAGAUUGCGCGCAUGCUUCGACAUUUAUUUGGAAUCAGAAAACAUUAUGCCAAAAGAGAAAAUUUUCUUCCAUUCUGUGAAAGGACGAACGCGCGCUAGACCGUAUAAAUAUUUAGAAUUAGGUGGAGGCAUUUUUAUUCAUCGUUAGUUCGCUACAACAUGCAAUGACACAUGUGAACACAUUUCUACGAAAUAUACUCUGACGUAAACAAUC